AUGGGCCAUUCAAGCGUCUAUGGACUUAUCAGAGGUCGGGUAGACUGCAUACCGGCCACAGUGGACGCCGUCGAUAUCUAUGAGGUUUCUUAUGUGAAAUCUCUCCAGCAGCGUGUUGCAGAAUUGGAAGCGAGAUUCGAAUCACAGAAUCCAGAAGUCACACCGACCUUCAUUGUCGAGGGAGAGCAACAGCAGUCGUCAUAUUUCAUUGGGGACGAUCUGCAGCCUAUGGAUCCGAUGCAUUGGCAGUGCUCGUUCUAUCCACCAACCAACCAACCCCCUCGACCACGUGAUGUUUUUGAGCAGCCGUUUCUCGACUCGAGCGGCAUCGAUCUACUUGCUGCCCAUAACUCAGCAGAUGUGAUAGGGCCACUAGAAGAUUCCAUUCCUCCACACGAUCAGGACUGUUUUGGCUUGGAUCCAGCGAUUCAAACCCUGCACAAGAAUGUCCAAACUCUUCAACAAUUAUCAAUCUCAAACCUCGAUGCUGCUCGUUUUUUGCACACAUAUUUUGAUCUGAUACAUCCAAGAUACCCUUUCUUAGAUGUUGACGAGUGCGGUAAUGCCUACUUGUACUACAAGGGGAUGUUAGUUGUUACGGAUGAAAUGCAAGUGUCCUGGUAUUCGUUCCUUUUGACCCUACUGUGUGCAAUUGGGUCGACAAUAAGCCACUCUACCAAUAGUUCAAGGCUAUCUAAGCAGCAUGGAUUGUUAUUGGCACGAGUCCAAGAUGAGCGUGGUGUCAUCUCCAACCACCAUGCUUCGCCACUUGUUCGGUUGAAGGCGAUGCUGCUACAUGUGAUCUUAGCUUUGCAUGGAGAGAACACAUCUCGUCUUGUGCAUCUUAGCGGUGUGACAAUGCGCUUUGCAACGUUGCAUGGAUUUCAUCGCCUUACUGCAUCGGAACCAAGUGAAGAAAAUAAUGCAAAGACCAAAGCAUGGUCAUGUAUCUACGCGCUCGAUCGGAUGAUAAGUGGCACCCUCCGGAUCCCUGUAUGUAUCGCGGAAUCCUUUAUCACGAGUCCCUGCUACCUAGACUGUUCUCCAUACUUAUGCUCUAUGCCGUGGCUCUCUGACUACCCAAGCCACGGCAGCGUCGAUCAAGUCCUUCUUGAGAAGACUUUCACUCAUAUGCUUCGCAUCCGUACGAUACAGUCGAAAGUCAUGUGUACCGCACCCACGUUAACUCUGGAUGAGGCUGAGCUUUUCAUCGCGAACAUGGAAGAGGAGAUUAACGAGUGGUCGGAUCAUAGCCAGAUAUUCACGCACAUUGACCCAGAAAAUGUGGGCUACCUGAGCUCUUUCUGGCUGCAGUAUAUGGCAUGUGUGGGCAGGGUGGUUCUCUACAGUUCAUUUGGCGAGAAAGACUACGAAAUGCCCCGAGCGGCACGGCUUCUGAAGGCUUGCUGCGACACAUGCACCGCAUUCCGAACUGUUCAAAAGGGGAAACAAUUGGUCAGAUCCUGGAUCGAUAUGGUUUUCGAUUUUCAAGCUGGCAUCACCAUUCUCUACCUCAAGUGGCGAGGUAGUGACCUGGGUCUAAGACAAGAUAUUGAUCGUGGUAUCCGCAGCUGUACGUCAACCCUUGCUAUCCUCGCAGAAGGUGCACCCAAUGUCGAGGUAUUCAGGGACUGCUUUGAUGCACUCGCUACCUUCGUAGGGAGGAGCGAUUCGGAUGACGAUCUCUCUGGUGAUGCCUCCGAAGACCUCAGGAUCUAUUGUCGGAAAGUGAUCGCUUUAGGCGUCGCGCCGUACAUUGCAACUAUGCUGCUGGAGAUGAGUAAUGCAGCUUGA